AUGAGUCGUGUCGUAUCAAUCGAUCUGUACCGGAGCCCAUUCAUCGCUCAGUUUGCGAGCUGCAACGCCAUCCAGCAGCAGCAACAUUCCUAUGCAACGGGCUCCACGUUUCCACGCAACAAGUACCAGUCGAUACUAAACCAGGAGUUCCCACUCGAGCUGGGCGGUUCGUUGCCAGAGAUAACCAUUGAGUGGGAACAAUGGGGAGACUGCUCGCUACCUGGUGAUCGCACUAUUCUCGUGCUACCAUCUUUCUCGCACUCGAGCCACGCUGCUUCGAACCGUGACGACCCUCGGCCUGGCUGGUGGGAAAACAUGAUCGGACCUAGCAAAGCCAUUAACACUUCUUACUUCCGCGUGAUCUGUCCGUCCGUUCUUGGUAGUCCAUUUGGCGCUACUUCUCCCGUAACAUGUAACCCACUUACAGGCGACAAGUACAAGGCCACUUUUCCACAAUUGACGCCAGCUGACAUGGCUCGCUGUCAUGGCCGGAUCCUGGAUGAUCUAGGUAUCGACAAUGUGCACACUGUGAUUGGUGCCAGCAUGGGAGGGAUCCAAGCUCUAGAGUUUGCAGCUCAGUUUCCAGACCGCUUGAAUCAGUUGGUAGGGAUCUCCUGCACGCACCAGACCACUCCUGGCACGGUCGCCUUUCGGCGCGUUCAGCGACGUGCCAUUCUUGCAGAUGCUGAGUACAAGGAAGGCAAUUAUACACCCGGCGUGCCUCUUGAAGGCAUGAAGGUGGCGCGUGAACUGGCGAUGACAUGCUACCGAUCACGUGAGGAGUUUGAUACUCGCUUUGACUGGAAUCCCACUGGUCCUAUGCAUUUCAAGACGGCAACGUUCGAGGUCGAGCGCUACAUGGACUACCAGGCAAGCAAGUUUGCUCGUGUCUUCGACCCUAAUUGCUACCUGCUGCUAUCGAAAGCCAUGGACCUGACCAACUUAGGUCGCAACUCAUUGAAUCUAGCCGAGGGCACGAGCCGUAUCUCAGCCGACACUCUGAUCAUUGGCAUCAAGCAAGACUUGCUGGUCCCGAUCCAAGAGCAGCGGAAUCUAGUCCAGAUCCUACAGUCGUACGGCCACAAGGCGCAACUAGUUGAAGUGGACUCCAAGUUUGGGCACGACGCGAUGUUCAACGAACAGAUGCAGCGCGAUGUAUUUUCACCACUCGUACGCGAGUUCAUCGAGAAGAAGCUCAGCCACAUUCUACCGCACGAGCAGCAUCGAUACAGCAGUCUAUAA